UUUCAAAUAUAUUUUGCUCUUCUCAACACAAAUAUAAGUAUAUUUAUGACAGAUUUGAUUGAUGUUUCACCAAAAAGAAAUAGUUAUGUUUUCAGCGGCUCAUGAGCGAUAACGCACUCGUGCAAUACCUAUGUAAAUAUGAUUCUACUGCAAAAAUUCCACUGUAGGAAAUGUGUUAGUUACACAAAUGCUCAAUCGUGUUUUUACUGCGUCUGGAGUGUUACGCUUGGCCGAAUGCAGGUAGGCUACGACGCAGAUGGCGCUGCUACUGCUGUCAAAGUUGAGCACCUGACGGUGGUGUCUACAGUGUGCUGCAGCGUCCAAAAAGUUAUUUAUCAAACGCUGGCCGUGCCGGCAAGAACAGGCAGAAAUAGCAGCAGCUACACACAGCGGAAAUCUAAGGCUGAGAAUUAAGACUUCUACCGAUGCGCUCAAAAUUGCUAGUGUCUAAAAUCGAAACGGAAUGAAACCCAAGCAAAGGCCAACUGCUGCUACUGCUGCAGCUGCUUCUUCGACUGUAGCAACCGUUGCCGGCCUCAGUCGUCUGACAUCCGUUAGGCAGCGAAGCAAAGAGGAAGAGACCAGAUUAAAGCUGCGCCAGACGCAGCCGCAGCUGAUAUGUGAACGUGAACGGAAGCAUGAGGCGGCCAGGAGAGAGAGGGAAGCGCAGGCACUCCAGAAACGUGCUGUCCCAUUAAGGCGUCCAAUAAUAACACCAACGGCGCCGAAAUCGAAACCAACACCGAAGCCACCGCCUAAGCCACCGGCGAAGCCGAUGAUGAAGUCGACGCCGACAAUGAAACAGACGCCAAAGUCGAUACUGAAGCCGACGCCGAAGCCAGCGCAGAAACCGACGCCGAAGCCAACGCAGAAGCCGACGCCAGCGCCGAGGCUGACAGCAACGGUACUGCGCUCAACGCCCAAGCCCAGCUAUGACAAAGGUAAACAGAAGGCUCCUGGAGUACGCAGUCAGACAGGCACACAGCUCCACACACAAGCUGCUGGAGACGCGAACGUAGCCAUUGGUCAACACGCUGGCUCCGGCUCUGACAUGGACUCGGACUCCGAGGAUGAGGAGACAACAAAGCUGCGUCGACAACUGAAGAAUUUUUCACAGCUGUCCCAGCUGGAAUUCGAGCGAGAGUUUCGUCAGUGGUUGGCACAGGAGGGCAUCGAAAAUAGAAUGCACACGCACUUGCGCAUGGAGCUUAUCAAUAGCUUUAACAGCAGCUCGCUUGGCAAGCUGCUGACCCGAGUGUCGACGACCUCCGUACAGGUGAGCCAGCAGCAGAACUUCCUGCUGCUGUCGCCCUUGGGCUUGGCUCUGCACACGCUCGUCGCGGAGUUUCUCUAUGAGCAGAAUUGCCAUUACACGCUCACCGUUUACAGCAGCGAGAUGCCGCACCGCCAUGCACUGCCCGACUUCGAAAACAGCGUCCGGUUUCGCUUCAGUGAGCAGGAGCGGCAGCAGCUGCUCUCUGCAGUGCUUGGUGAAACACAACGGGAGCCUCAGCCGCAGCUAGAUCUCGAGCAAACAGUGCAUAAGACCUACGACAUAACGCAUCAGUCGCUGCUGUCCGCGCUGGUUCAGAGCUUGAUAGGUGCGCGCCGCAUGGUUGUGCAACAGGUCAGCGAGUCCACGAUGACACCAACGGCAGGCCAAUCGGAGGAGGGCACGCAAACAGAUCCGGUAGCAUGUUUCUCGAGCAGCCCGGAUGUGGAUACCACCGGGCUGUACCAGGCCGAAGAGCUGAUUGUGGCCGCCGAUGGACGCACUGUCUUCAUGGGGCAGGGCAUCUCACAGUCGCUGAUUGGCGUGGACGAGCAGCUGUCAGAGCUAAUGCGCUUUAUUGAUGCGCUCUGCAAAUCUUGUGCGCCGCCCAUCGAGGUCAUCUCCAGAAAGGCGUUUGACCAGCUGCUAAAGAAGGAAAUGCUUGAACGUCAGCGCCUCCAGGGUAUGGGAAAAGUACUGGGGGCCGGGGAGAUGGCCGUAGAGCUGCCCGAGCCACAGCAACCAGAACAGGAAGAGCUAGAGGCGGAAGAGGACAAAAACACAGUGGAGUCCCCGGUUGGCCCCAUUCAACUGCCGGCGGACUUGCCGUCUGUUCCAAAGCUGCCGCACUUACAUGUGGAGCAAGUGGGUAGCCUGGCGACGGUACAGCAGAUUUUGCAGAAAUACCAACAGCAGACUCCCCAAGACUCCAGCACCCACGACUGUAUGCACUCAAAGCUAGAUAGGCUUGGGGUAAUGGUAGGUGAGCUCGCGAGCUGUGUGCAGUCGCUAAGUAAUGUGCUCAACCUGGCCAUGGAGCAGGAGUAUACCGUGGGCAUGCGCAAGGGCUUCCAGCAGGGCUAUCGCGAGGGCUUCUCCCAUGGGCACUACAUGGGCGUCCAGGAGGGCAUGAAGUGGCAGCGUCAGCAGAGGCUUAAGGACAGGUCGUCACAAACCAAAAAACCACCACCACCGCGCAGAGUGCACACAAGUGUGACUCAAACGGCAAGCGCGCAGCAGCGGCACGCAGCCACUAGUCCGAGGCGUAGAACGCAGAGAGGCUCCCGGGAUGUCGCCAGCCAAACAGCUCCAUGUCCUCCCGAAACAGCUGUGGCUUCGCGCAGCUACGAGCAGUGGAUCUAUGAGAUGCUGCACAGUCGCAGCGGUCUGAUCUUUCUGGAACGUGUCGAGCUGUCGCUAAACAAGGCACUGGAGCAGCAGAAGCACCGUCUGGAUGAGCUUUUCGAAGUAAAGAUGCGGCAUCAUGCUGAGCUGAUGCGCCUCAGUCGCAGGCAAAACUCCUGGCGUACGCUCUGCCGACAUGUGGAGCGCGACUCACAGUCCACGGAAGCACGUGAGCUGGUGCAAAAGAUAUUCCGGCUGCUCGCGCGCUACGAGGCACACCAUCGGCUGAUUGCGGAGAAGAUACAGCAAACGGAACUGGCCGCCGAGCAAACGGCACGCAUUCAGCCCGUGUGGACUGAUGAAGAAGCCAACGAAGGGAAUACUGAAUACAGCCGUCCUGCUACGUCCACGACUAGUGCUCAUCCUGCGCCAGCGACUGGACCUGUCUCUGCACCGCCUCUUCAUAAUCUACCAGACUUGAGUGUUGAUAAUACUGCUGCUUCUGCUGCUCCUACUGUUCCUACUGCGCCUGGUGCUUCUCCUGCGCCUGGUGCUCCUCCUGCUCUUGCUGCUUCUACUUCUUCUGAACCUGUCUCACCUCCUGCUCAUCCAGAGAAAGCAGUACAGAACAAUGUUGCCACUAACGCCUGUAGCAAGAGCAGGUCACAUACAGCCGACGCCAGACCACAAGAUAUGUCCAGUUUCAAUGAAGCACUACUUAGCGCCAAAAAUCGCAUGCUGCAGCUAGAGCAAGAGAGCGAUCUGCUGGAGCAGAGUUUUCUAGACUAUCUGGACCGUGCGCGAGUCCAGAAACAGAAAAUCAACAUACGUGCCAGCUGUGCAAGCGAGCGGCAGCAGAUCCAUCGCACCUUGGAAAACUUUCGCGAGUGGCAGCGUCGCAUACGCUGUGACGAUGUCAACCUGACUGCGGCGUUGCCAUCUGCACCUUCGCCCAUUACCAGCAGCUCAGAAGUGGACCAAGAGAGCUAUCAGUUCACCAAUGCCAUUGCCGUGGCCAGGCGUAAGCUCUUCUCAGAGCUUCAGUCAACUUCAGGGACAGCGACGGGAACAAUGACGUCAGCAGCACCAGCAUCAAUAUUGUCUCCAGAGCUGGAUCUGGAAGCACCAGCGCUGGCGAUUGAGCGAACAGCUAUAGCUACCCAGGUGCAGAAUGAGACGCAGCAUCUGAUGAGCCGCGUAGAGGCGACAUUGGCGCGAGUCUGUAAGCCCGGCAGCCUGCAGCUGUUAACCGCCGAAGCGCAGCUUGGGAAAGCACUGGGGACAGAUCUAGCCAGUAGCAGCAGCAGCAGCAGCAGCAGCACGCUCACUUCUCUGGCAGAUGCUGACGCCAAUAGAGGCGAUGAGCCGGUGACACCUCCUGCCAGACGCAAAUUGCAGCGCUCCAUGGCUAGAUUGCAUCAGCUGUUUGGUGCUCAGGUAGUAGCGCAAAGCCCAGCCAAGUUUGAUGAUUUGCCAAUGGCCAAUGUGAAGACAGUCACGCGUCCUUGGAGUGCGCCCACAAGUAUAUUGAACGCCAGAUGCCCAGCCACUGCUUUGGCCCAUCGACCGCAUACUGCGCCCAGCUGCCGAACGGAGUUGUCUACAGCCACGACUGCCGGAUCCAAUCUGAUGGGGCUGUUGGACGCAAUCAGCGAUGUUGGCAACACGACGACCAACUCAAGCAGCCUGGCCAGUAGCCUGGACACCCCACCCAUAGCCAUGCGGGAGGUGUACGCCCAGCUGGUAAGCAGCGUCUCAUCCGCAUCGCACGCGUCAUCCAGCACGCCGCCGUCGCAUAGUCCUGAGUUCUGGAGACGCAUGAAUCUGUGAUGAAAUGUCGACGUUUGAUUUGCUGGGCAUGUUUGUGGUGUUGGAAUCCUCCAAUCGCGCCUAGUAAAGCAAUCGUCCCCAGUCCCAUUCUCCUCUAAUUCAAUGAAGAGUGAGGCAAUCGUA